UGAUCGCGCGUGGAUCGUACCCACGGUCGUGUAGCGUCCGGUCGCAGUGGUAGCGUGUUUUUCACCCCAUUUUUCCUCUGUGGUUUUACGUUACAUGUAAUUGCACAAACUCAUCGUUCUGGACGGAGCGAGACGAACACUUUCGCAACGUGUGCGGUGAAACAAUAUCGUAUAGAUCACACGAGAGCAAAGCAGGCGCGUUUGUUUUUGGGACGGGUUCGUUGCUAGGGUACGCGUUCAGCUCUUUGUGUACGUUGACUGACAAGGUGUGAAAAGUUGAUCGUUGUGUGUUUAGUAGUUGAGAGAAAAGAGUGUUCCGCGCAUGUGUGAUUGAUCCGACAGUGUUGUUUGUGGUUGCUAAUUGAACAAGUGUUGUUCUAGCAGAAGUGAACUCUCCAGCCCGGCCCGAUUUGAUAUUUUACAACCAUCCACCGGCUAUUCGUAGUAAUUGGAUGUUCUUCAAGUGUUUUCCAAACUUCGAUCGAUCGAUUGUUUGUUUGUUUGAUUGUGUUUUGCCUCGGUUGAAGAUUAAAUUUUGAACGAGGGAAGCGAAAGCGGAAAAAAGCGGCAAAUUUCCGGCUCUAUCGACAGCUUAUCUCCCCCGUGUGAGGUGAUUAUUUUGCGACUUAGCUACUCUCCGCAGUUCUCCGCAGUGCGAAACGAAGUAGAACCGGGUGCGAAGUGUUUGUCACAUUGCGGAAACGAGUCAGUGGGGUGUGUACAAUUAUUGUCUCUGUCUGUCUUGGUGAAUCGAAGUUAAGGGGUGAUUUCACUUCCCGAAGAGCAGGAAGGUGAUAAGGUGAGCAAACUGAGAAUAGAAGAAGAAAAAACCUUGCGUAAUUCAAAAUAGUAGAAACACAGUCGGCGGCGAUCAUGACGCGAAAAUAAAGGGAAAGAAAAAAAGCAAGAAAGAAGCAAACGGGCGGCGCAAAAAAAAGCUUGUUUCAGUUCAGUGCUGAGACGGGGUUCAACGUGCAGGAAAAGUUGAAGGAAAAGGCCACAAGUUUAUGUGCACGAUCGAAAAUCUUACAUAAAUAAAAAAAAUCGGUCGAAACUGAAGUUUGUGGUCAGUGGCAGUGACAGAGAAAAGGAUAGUGAAAAGUUUUAGCUAGUUGUAUGAUUUAUUGUCGCCGUUCCUCUGCAGUCGGAUCACAAUCAACGGCGCUACCGUGGAAAGAAAAGAAAAGGAAUCAAAAAGAAACGCGGACCGGGUCUUGUGGGUGAAAAUUCAUCCCUAUCGAAUCGAGAGGGGCACGUGCUUCAUUCUGCUGCCAAUACCGGAUUGGACGAUUUCAGUUUCGUUUAACUGGCCGUCGCUGAUUGGAUGGAACAAGAAGGGUGCCCCAACACGCUGAAUGAAGGCAAGUACCCAUUGACGGACCCCAAAAAAACAAUCAAAGCACCAUCUUUCGGAACAAACGAAAUGCAAAACUGUGCAAUAAGCUUCACCGAGUGAUUGAAAACCAUAAAUUUUGCCUCGCUGGCAUUAAUCUACCACCGACGAUCUUUUUCCACCGGCACAAAUCAACGAAACGAUAUCAGGCCUGACGCAGCUGCAGCAGAAAGCAACACAAGAACAGUGCCCCUCAUCCGAACAGCUCACGUGGGGGCAAUGUGAGAAACGACCGAUGAAACCUUGCAGUCCAACCCCAACAAAAAAUUUAAAUCGAUCCGUUCAAGAUCAACGAAUGCGCACCCACUCAGCAGUGAGAUGUUGAUCGUGAUCAUGGCGAUCGGAACUGAAUAGCACUGCGAGCGACCAACGACCACCAAGCGAAAAGAAAACAUUGACCAAGGAGAACACACCGGCAGCAAUAAAAUAAUUAUUAGCGUUUAACAGUCCUCCACCGGUUACCUCCCCCUGCAUUCGAUAUAGCAAAAGCAACGAAAAAAAAAAUGUUGAAAAACAUCCACGAGCGCACAGUCAAAAAGGUUAAGGGUAAUCACUACAUUGCCAACCACGGUGGCCGCGACACGGUAGAUCUACCGUACUCACAGGCCAACCGAGGCUACUCGACCGAUGGCGAGGACAGUCAGCGGGCAGCCUCGGAUCGAACCGUGUCGGAGUACACCGUAACCAAUGAACGAGCCACCCCUCCUGCGGCUCCGACAAGGAAGUACCGAAUGGACAAGUACCAGCAGAACGGAAACGGCCAUGGUCCCACCGGAGGUCCGCGACCUCUCUCUAGUCCACCGACGCGUGCACCUCCGCGAGCGCCGUCAGCCCUCAGUUACGACCACGGCGGCGAAACUGGUAGCGACAUCUAUGUGACCUCGGCCGCAUACAAAGCUCCAUCGGAAAUAAGUCGUUACAGUGCACACCGGAACCACAACAACUCGCGUGGACCCCGCAGUGUGUACAGUGUUGCCAGUACUGCAAAAACUGGUCGUAGCUCGCGACGUCACGGUGCCAAGGUUGAAGCGAUGUCUGCGCCGAAUCCGUUCUGUCCGAACGUGAAAGGUGUCUGCUGUCUGAUGUUGCUUCUCAAUCUGGGCCUGAUUCUGGUCACUCUUGGUUUCGUGAUAGUGAUGCAAUUCAUGGAGCCACUUUUUGUCUGGAUAUUGGGAGUGAUAUUCUUGAUCUUCGGCUUCGCCACCCUUGUCGGCAGUAUGAUCUACUGUGUGAUCGUGUGCCGUGAUGCGAAAACGCCGGACCAACUGCGCAAUGAGGACCUCUACUGGACCAAGCACUGGCAGAAGAGCAUCGGCUACACGCCGCACGAAAUUGACUACAAAACGGAUCGUUUUGACGAAAGGGAUCGAUAUUCCGACCGGUUUUCGGUGAGCAAAAUGAGCGGGAAGUAUUCGGAUCGAGAGAUUACCCGAUACUAAUCGGGUUGGUUACGAUUCUCGAAAGACAAACACAAAACGACUAUUUGGGCGACCGUUAGAUAUUGAGUGGAACAACUGAAAAGGUUUCGAAAACGGACGAUGAAGAUCGAAAAAAUAUGACUUGUUUGAAAGCAAAGUUCAAUUUGAAAUAAAAAAUGCGAUAAAUAUUGGUUGGCAAUGUUUUUUACACAAAUAAAAAAACCUGUUUAAGUAACCAGUUUAAGUGAAACGAUUGUUACUAAAAGAUGUAAUUUAAAUGAUUUCGCCCUAAGUUUAAGCAAGCUGUAAUUUUAAUUGAAACUAAUGCAAAUCAGUCUGUAGGAUAAUAUUUUUUUUACUUACUAUAAGCACAGAGAGAAAAAGAGAUCUAACGCAAGCAAUAUAUUUUUUGUGAAUUAAUUGAAUCAAAUACUAUUAACGGUAAUGUUUACUUUCUGUAAUUAAUAAAU